GACAUGCACAAACAAAUUCAAGAACUUAAUAGAAAGCAUGAGAAGACUAUGGCAGCAAUUGCUAACUUGAGCAGAGAGCCGACCAGGUCAUAUAUUUAUGUACCAAGAGAACGUCACAUACAACCGUUCAGUGGUGAUUUUAACAAAGAUGGGAGAGAUGUUGACGAGUUUAUUGAAGAAGUAGAGAGGGUGAUACCUGCUAGAAGUCAGUCUACAGAGGACCAGUUAGACUUUAGGGUGAUACAUGCUAGAAGUCAGACUACGGAGGACCAGUUAGACUUUGUCCUCUCACUUCUAAAGGGGGCAGCUUUAGAGGAGGUCAGAAUGCGAAUGGGGAAUGAUCCAAAACACCCAUGUGACAUUUUUGAAUAUCUGAGAGCAGCUUUCAGAGAAAAGCGCAGUGUAUCUCAGUUAUUGCAAACCUUCUAUAGCCGUAAACAAAUAGAAGGGGAGGAUAUUCGUGCCUACUCGCAUGCACUGUCCCAGAUUCUGAAUUCCAUCCAGAAACAAUCACCAAAUGCAAUGGCAAAUGAGAGUAUGGCCAUUCGAGACCAAUUCAUUGAGGGCAUUAGAGACGCUAGCCUUAGGAGAGACCUUCGGAAGCUGGUUAGAGACAAGCCAGAGUCAACACUUAUUGAAGUGCGAGAUGAAGCUCUCAUGUGGUCUUUAGAAGAUCACAAGCCUCGUGUCCCAAAAGUGAUCAGCAAUCGAAGUGUUGUGUCUGAGGCCGUUGAAGCCCAGUGUGCUGCUGUUGCACCUGAAACAAAAACAGUUAGUCUUGAAGAAGUUUUGAAAAUCGUAGCAGAACAAGGAAGGGCUAUAGGAGAGCUAACUCAAGCUGUGGAGAAACUCACCACACAGUGCAUCAAGUCAGAGCCUGUAACCCAACGCAACCCCAAGGUACAGCCAAGGUUUACAGAUGAUGGGCAGCCAAUUUGUUUCCGGUGUAAUGGUGUGGGACACAUUGCUAAGAGGUGCGUGAGAAGAAACAAACCGGCUGCUACCGAGCAAGCUACUGGCUCUGGACCUCAGGGAAAUGCCCACCCUCGGUUGCUGUGAGCCAGGCAAUGCGAGGGCAGUCGAUUGGCUCAACUAGUGUGGAUACUAGUCGUGAUAGACUACUUGAACGUGCUGUGGGAAAAUGUCCUGUUGCUAAUCUCAAAAUAAAUGGGGUGAGUGCCGCUUGUCUGCUGGAUACAGGGAGCCAAGUCAGCACUAUUUCUGAGAGGUUCUUCAGGGAACACCUGUUUGGUGAGGAUGAAGAUAUGCUCUCAACAGCCGGCUGGCUGAAGAUAACUGCUGCCAAUGGUUUGGACAUACCUUAUCUCGGUUACCUUGAGUUGAAAGUUGACACCAUGGGUGUUGCCCUUCCUGAAUGCGGUUUCCUCGUAGUCAGAGACACACUGAACUCCCCUCUUGUACCAGUGCUAAUUGGCAUGAACAUUAUCAGCAGAUGCAGACAACUAGUACAUGCAGAGUUUGACACCACCCUUGGUGGGAAAUUGCAGUCUAAUUGGAGGGAGGCAUUUCAACAACUGCACCAUGCCAGUAGCCAAGAGAAGAGGACAGCUGUUCGUUUAGCUGGAAAAGACAUGGUACACAUACCUGCUUCCUCAGUUGCGACGGUGAUGGCUAAAAGCACAAAACAUAUGUCACGUGAUGGCUCAUCUGACUACCUGCUAGAGCCCUUGAAUGUACCGUUACCAGGUGGAUUGAUUGUUGUUCCCUGUCUGGUAGCCGCGGGGAAACCGUUGUUUCCCGUGCAGGUGGUGAAUCUUUCCCCAGAGGACAUCUGGUUGCGGGCCCGCACCAGGCUUGGGACUGUAACUCACGUUGAGAGUUUGAAAUUAAAUGAGACCUGUGAGGUUAAGUUCCAGCGUAUUUCGGCUGAUAUUGAGGAAAUCACUGUUAACACCAAAAGCGAUCAGGUAUUGGAGAACAGCUCGAAAGAGUUCCUCAGCAAGCUCCAUAUCGGUGGUACCCUUGAGCAGCAAGCAGAGCUGAGUGAGCUGUUAAUGCAGUUUUCUGAUGUGUUCGCUUUCGAGGAUGAAGACCUUGGUUUCACCGAUAAGGUGCAACAUGAGAUCCAUGUAACUGAUGAUGUCCCAGUGACACAGCCUUACAGGCGUAUCCCACCCACUCAGUACAAGGAAGUUAGAGAGCAUAUCAGUAAGCUUCUCAAGAAAGGAGUGAUCCGAGAAAGCACUAGUGCAUAUGCUUCACCUAUUGUACUAGUGAGGAAAACAGAUGGUAGCCUUAGGCUAUGCGUUGAUUAUAGACAGCUAAACUCCAAGACACAACGAGAUGCAUUCCCGUUACCUAGGAUCGAUGAGAGUUUUGACACUUCAGGGAGCAACAUUCUUCUCUUCAAUUGACCUGGCGAGUGGAUAUCAUCAGGUUGCCGUUCAUGAGCGUGACAGACAUAAGACGGCCUUUACAACUCCUUUUGGGAUUUUUGAGUACU